AUGGAAUCGCUGCCGCUACCUCAGCCCUUCCAGCCAGAUCUGCCCCAAUACCAGGAGUCGAUGAUUUUCUUGGCCGUUUUGCCAUUUAUUUAUCUCAUCUUCGUCAUGGUCGUGUUGAUGAUCUUCUACUGCUGUGUAGACUUUACUACCUCGCGCGAAGGAAACGAGAAAAAAUCCUGUUGUAAUUGGAGCGCUUCCUUCUAUACCAUAAGCCAAGUUAUUCUCCUUAUCGCGUCUUUCUUUGCGCUAAGCGGUGUCAUCAUGAUUUGCUUUCCAUCGAUCGAGAACAUCAACAAGUCGGCCGAAAAGUUCAUUCCAGAAAUGAAGGACACGAAUCUUAUUCCAAAGACCAUCGCCAGCAUUAACAGUCAGCUAGAGGCGAAGAGCGAGGAGAUCGAUUCCAUCUCGGCCAAAAACGACGACUUUCGAAGUGCCGUCGAUGCCUUGGAAGCUCAGCUGAAUAAGGACACUCUCAUGAUUGAAAAUUUCCUCUCAACAAAUGCGCUCGAGACGACAAAGACCGUGACGACAAUCACGCUCUGGACAUCAGUGGGAUUAUUUUCCUUGUUUGCCCUUGUAGCGAUUUUGUCCAAGACUGGCGUAUGUCUCAAAUCCAAGAAUAUGCUCAUUGGCGUCACAUGUGUUUCCUUCUUUGCAAUGGUGCUCUGCUAUCUCUCGCUUACUGUGCAACUGCCCGUCGCCGUGGCCGUUUCUGAUUACUGCAGAAAUCCAAAAGAAUCCAAGGAUUCUAUCGUCAAAAUGCCCGACUGUGAAAGCGACGAGCAGCUAGACACGCUCAAUAGUGCCCUAGAGAACUUGCAAACAAUUCACUCGGGUCUUUCCAACCAUCCGAAUAUUAAUACCGACACGACUCUGACAGAAUUACGGAAUGGAGUAAAACUUAUCAUCGACUUUGGCGAAUCGGUGAAAACGAUGCUAAAUUGCGAAAUGGUCGAAAGCGAGUACGCCAAAAUAACUGAAGCGAUUUGCACGGACUCACGCACGCCAUUCAUCGUCGGCUGGUGGGCUAUCCUCGCUUCCUCCUUUCUCGUCUCGUUAUUCAUCGUUACGGCGCUGCUCAUUGCACCUUGCGCCUGGCGCAACUACGACCCGCACAAUGACUACGGUGAAAGUGGCUACGACAAAGGAGGGGACGAAUUUCUGCCGCUCAAUCGACCUUCUCACUUCCAACAGCCUUCUUAUCCUCCGGCACGUCAAGAUGGGCAUCUAACUCUGCCCAGCUAUCUCUGCCAUUCGAGUGACGAUCUCAUUCUCGAUCGUCCGCCUAAUAAAACUCCAAUCAUGCCACCGAAAAAGGGAGGAGGAGCGAGUAAAAAGACCGAGGCGAAAAAGAAGGAGAAACUUAUCGAGGAUAAGACCUUUGGCUAUCCCCGCCAAGAAGGGAGGUGCUACGAUGAUGACCAAAAAGGCAAAGUCGAUCCAAAGGAGAAGGCAAAGAAAGCUGAUCUGCACGUCGAUCGACGAGAUGAAGAGAAGAACAAAACGAUGGAAGGAUGGACCGAAGAAGAACUGCGCGCGGCGAUCGAGAAGAAACACGGCAAAUCUAAUAAGAACGCCGCGACGACGACGGACAAGAUCUGCAAUCAUUUCUUGCAAGCUGUCGAAGACAACAAAUAUGGUUGGUUUUGGGACUGUCCUAACGGCGAUAAAUGUAAAUACCGACAUUGUCUCCCAGAAGGUUACGUUCUCAAAAAGGAUCUAAAGAAGAUGAAAGACGCCGAAAAAGAAAAUCAGAUCUCACUUGAAGAUUUGAUUGAGAGAGAAAGAGCAGCUCUCGGUCCUGGCACGAAGAUCACCUGGGAGACUUUCUCUGUCUGGAAAAAGAAGAAGAAGGAAGAGAAAAAGAAGGCAUUGGAGAAGGAGAACAAAAAGAAGAAAGGAAAGGCCAAGAGUGGACAGACUACUGGACUUACUGGCCGAGAAUUGUUCACCUUCAAUGCUAACAUGGGCGGCGACGAUGAUGAAGCUGAAGACAUCGAGUUCGAGAAAGAGGAAGACGAUCCCGAGGAAAAAGUGUUCGAAGUCGGAGCCAAUACCUUUGAACUUGGCGCUUCGGAAACGCUCCUCAGAUCGAAAGGGGCUGUUCCGACGUCAGCGGAGAACCGGUAUUGCUGGGGCGGCGACAGUGCCAAUAAGGUUGUAGUAGUUCAAGAAGGAACAAGCGAAACGACAACGCCGGCAGAGAAACCCGCAGAGCCUGCGCCUCCCGCUGUUGAGGUCGAUGAAGACCUAUUCGGCGAAGACCUCGGCGAUAUCGAUGCAGAACUCGGCGACCUCGGACUGGAAGAAAGCGCAAGUUGA